UUCAGCAGCACGAGCCGCUCAGCACCAGUGUCUGAGAUGGAGACAUCAAGAGUCGCUCUCAUCGCUCUCGUGUGUGUUGUGUUCUCCAGUCAGAAGAGGAUCUCUGGAGCAGAAGUGGAGAUGAGAGUCAGACGAGGAGACGACGUCACUCUCUACUCCGACUGUGUUUGGAAAAGUGGAUUUUAUUCAGUGUGGUUUAGAAACUGCUCACAUCAGCAUCAACCAAGUUUCAUGAUUUCCUAUUCAUAUAUGAUGAUUGAUUCUUAUCCACGUUACUCGUUUGUGUUUAUUAACUUGACCAGUACCUACAAUCUCCGGAUUAAGAAUGUGACAGAGACAGAUUUGGGCCUGUACUACUGUGCUACGUUGGAGAAAAAGAUUUCAAAAACAAAUGAUGGCGUGAUCAUCAGCACUGAUGUGUAUCAUUAUGGAAACAGAUCCACUCGACUCUCUCUACUCGAUAAAAGCUCUUUUUCAGUUACUGUCUCUCCAAACACCACGACCCCGUGUGUAUCAGAGCCGAGUGUGAGCUGGACGCUGGUGUUGAGUGUGUGUGCUGUGUGUGUUCUCCUCUCCUCACUCCUCUCCUCCAUCUGUGUGUACUGCCUCUGCACACACACCACUAAAGCAAAAGUGAAAGCUGAUCUAACAGGAAGAGACAAAAGGACGACUCUGGGACAUAAUGAGGUUGGAGAAGGUGAGGUCUGUUACGCCUCACUGGACAUCCAGAACCUCGAGAAGAAGAAGAUGAAGAGGAAGAUGACGGUUCAGCACUCUGAGUUCAGCACGUAUUCAGAGGUCAGAACUGAGAACUGCUGAG